AUGGUGAACGCAAUCCCGAAGCCUAUCAAGGACAUAUGGGACGUAUGGAGUAUCAGAAGUACCUUAAUAUUCAGUCUCAGUCUUCAAACAUUUCUCAUUUUCUUUGCACCCCAAAGAAAACGCUCAUCAAAAACGUUGUUUCUCUCUCUCAUUUGGUCAGCUUACCUUCUUGCUGAUUGGGCAGCCAAUUUCGCCGCCGGGCAAAUCUCAGAUAGUCAAGGAGACGAUCCAGAACCGGGGGAACCCAAAAAGAGCGCCGAAUUGUUAGCUUUCUGGGUUCCUUUCUUGCUGUUGCAUCUCGGUGGUCCAGAUACAAUCACUGCCCUUGCCCUUGAAGAUAACGAGUUAUGGCUCAGGCAUUUGUUGGGUCUCUUCUUUCAAGCAGUUGCAACAAUUUACGUGCUUUUGCAAUCCCUACCCAAUGCUCUUUGGAAACCCAUUUUGCUGGUGUUUUCGGCCGGAGUGAUCAAGUAUGUUGAGAGGACAUUAGCUUUGUACCUGGCCAGUCUUGACAAGUUCAAGGAUUCCAUGAUUAAGCGGCCUGAUCCUGGACCAAACUACGCGAAGCUCAUGGAGGAAUAUGCAGCCAAGAAAGAUAUGAAGGUGCCUGCACAGAUUAUCAUGAUUGAAGAGGCUGAGAAAGAUCCAAAAGCUGACGUUGACGUUAGGCCUGAGAUCCUCACUCCACUCAAUAUUCUCCAGUAUGCUUAUAAGAACUUCAAUAUUUUCAAAGGUCUUGUGGUUGAUCUCAUCUAUACAUUUCAAGAACUAGCUGAAAGCAAGAGAUUCUUUAGCUCGUUGAGAGCAGAUGAAGCUCUAAGAAUCUUGGAGGUUGAACUCAACUUUUUAUAUGAAGCUCUGUACACGAAAGCCGAGAUCUUGCAUAAUUGGAUAGGAUUUAGCUUCAGGUUCAUUGCCCUGGGGUGCCUUAUAGCAGCUCUCCGCAUCUUUCAAUACAAGAACAAGAACGACUAUGGUGGAUUUGAUGUUGGCCUUACUUACGCAUUGCUGUUAGGAGGAAUAGCUCUGGAUUGCAUCGCUCUAAUCAUGUUCUGUGCAUCUGACUGGAUGUUUGUUAGACUCAGGAAGAUGAAAGACGAGGCGGACGAUAAAGACACCAAGUUCGACGACAUUCUUAAUUGGAUUCUUGAAUGGGUUCUUGGGGUCAGGGAGUUGAAGACGGAGAAAUACUACCAAUGCUUCAAGAGUACUAAGAAAACAGCGUCUCAUGAAGUGCCCGAUAAGAGUACUGAUGAUGAACCAUUUCAUGAAGUGCUGGACACGAGUUUCAUAUACCGCAGGUGGUCCGAGUAUGUACAUGCACACAACCUGAUAGAAUAUUGCUUAUGUUUAAAACCGAAGCGAAUCCACCAUACCAAGGGCGCAAUACACCUCGCCUUAGACAGGAUAAUUAACGAAGUCCUUUUCAUUGGACCUGCCAUCAAAUAUAUAGGAAGUGGCAUAGCAACCAUAAAAGAGAGAUGUUACCAAAUACCCAAGCGGAUUGAGAGACACAUAAGUCUUUGUUACAGACGUAACAAACGUCUAAAUGAGGGGUACAUUGGGAUGUGCUUCUACUGCACAUUUUACAUUCCUUGUGUGUUUGUACAUCUGAUAAAGAGAUUUAUGGAUUUCUUUGACAUUCAAGCUCAGAUUCAAGGUAAGCUAGAUGAGGUGAUCUACACAUCCAGUGAUCGUCUCACCCUGGAUCUGUGGGAACACAUAUUCACAGAGGUUAAAAGCAAAUCCACAUUCGCUGAUGACCCUGAAAGCGCCAUAAGGAUAUCUUCAGUUCGAGGUGACUGGACUCUAGGCGACAUAAAAUGUGAAGACGAAGAAACAGAAAAAAAGCGUGAGAAACUUCUACACUAUGUGAUAGAAAUGGAUUAUGGUCAGAGCCUUCUGGUGUGGCAUAUUGCCACUGAGCUCUUAUACCAAACAUACGAAACAGAAAAAGGCACUAAUGCAAAUCAUAGCACCCGUGAGUUCAGUAAAAUCCUUUCAGACUACAUGAUUUAUCUCCUCAUUAUGCAACCCACUCUAAUGUCAGCUGUUGUGGGUAAUGGAAAGAUAAGAUUUAGAGACACGUGCGAGGAGGCUAAGAGGUUCUUUGAUAGGAGGCAUAUCUUGGGCAGGUCCAUAAAGAAGGUCACCAAUGCAAAGAGAGCCAGCUUGGCCAUUUUAUCAGUGGCGGCCCCAGCAAAAGCUGAGAUCAUUGACGUGAAAGGUGAUAGAAGCAAGUCCGUCCUGUUUGAUGCAGCCAAGCUUGCCAAAGAGCUUAAGGGUUUCAGCAAGAAGGAGGAGGACGACGCAGAGAUGUGGACAAUAGUGAGCAAAGUGUGGGUUGAGUUGCUUUCAUAUGCAGCGACCAACUGUGGCGCUAUAGAACAUGCAGCUCAACUAAGCAAAGGAGGAGAACUCAUCAGCUUUGUUUGGCUAUUGAUGACUCAUUUGGGACUAGGAGAUCAUUUCCAGAUUAACCAAAGAGAUGCUAGAGCCAAACUGAUUAUAGGCAAGUGA